AUGGAGUGGUUCAAGAGCGAGAUUUUCAACCUUCAUCAAGGUAGCCCUGUCCCUGCAAAUAGUCCAAUACUUUCUUUGAAUCCCUUCUUAGACGAAUACGGAGUUCUCAGGGUUGGCGGAAGACUUAAUCACUCUACUUUACCUACAACAGAGAAGAAUCCCAUCAUUAUGCCAGGUAAAAGUCACCUAGCAAUCUUGCUAAUAAGGCAUUUUCAUGGCAAAGUUCUGCAUCAAGGCAGACACUUUACGGAAGGUGCCAUAAGAGCUGGUGGUUUCUGGAUUACAAAUGGGAAACGCAGAGUUGGUUCUGUUAUCUCUGGUUGUUUCCAGUGUCGCAGACUUCGCGGCAAACAGCAAAACCAGAUCAUGGCGGACUUGCCUACAGAUCGGGUCACGCAAGCACAACCCUUCACGUAUGUUGGCGUAGACGUGUUUGGGCCUUGGUCUGUGGUAACACGCCGGACUAGGGGCGGGCAAGCCUCAAAUAAACGUUGGACAGUCUUGUUCACUUGCCUGAGUAUUCGAGCGGUCCACAUUGAACUUGUUGAAGAGAUGAGCUCGAGCGCUUUCAUCAAUGCGCUUAGACGCUUUAUUGCUAUUCGGGGAAAUGUCAUAGAAUUUAGGUCAGAUCGUGGUACGAACUUCGUCGGAGCAACCGAUGACUUAGGUGUUCACGCUAUCAGUGUUGAAAACGGGUUUGUCCGAAAACUGCUUCAAGAGAAACAAGUCUCAUGGGUUUUUAAUCCUCCGCAUGCUUCCCACAUGGGUGGUGUGUGGGAGCGAAUGAUUGGUGUAGUUCGCAGAGUCUUAGACAGCUUGUUACUAGAACAUGGUCAAAAGAAUUUAACGCAUGAUGUGUUGGCAACCUUUAUGGCGGAAGUGAGUGCCAUAGUCAAUGCUCGACCCAUAGUUUUUUUUAAUGCAAUGGACAAACAAUUAUGCAUUUACAACAAUUAG